CCAAAAAACCAAACACAACAACUUUUCCUAUUCCACUUAUGCCCUUAUCUCAAUCUCCCAUGGCUUCUUCAAUCCCUCACCACUUCUAUCCAAACUACACUCCUGAUUUCACAGCAAACCAAGGCUUGAUGUCUUCAUCUAUCAUGGACAAUAAUACUAUGAUGUGGGGUUGUCAAGAAAAUAUCAUGCCGGUUUUCGAUAAUUAUGGGACAUAUGAUCAGAUUGUUUCACUUGAUUGUGAUGCUAUGUCUUCUGGUACUUGGGUUCCGAAUUUUGCUGAGCAACAAGAUUUUGCGGUUCCGGCGUUGUUAUCGGAUUGUAAAGUCGGAUUCUAUGGUGGAGGGUUUCAGAAUUUUAAUGGAAGAUAUAGUAAUAAUAAUAAUCAGCCUCAUGUUGGUCAUGAGUUUGUAGAUGAUCAAUGUUGCGGUUUUGUUGAUGAUAUUAAACCACCUCCAGCAAUUUUUCCAAAUGUUUCAAGAGAAAAUUGGGGGAUUCAAGGUAAUCAAAUAGCAGCAGUUGAAGAACCAAACAUAAAAGUAGGAAGGUACUCAGAAGAAGAAAGGAAAGAAAGAAUUCUUCGAUAUUUGAAGAAAAGAAAUCAAAGAAACUUCAACAAAACCAUCAAGUAUGCAUGUCGGAAAACUUUAGCUGAUAGAAGAGUGAGAGUGAGAGGAAGGUUUGCAAGAAACAAUGAAAUAUGUGAAGAAGAACACAUGGCCACAAAAAAGCUUGAGAAUCAUCAUGAUCAUAUUAAUGAAGACUUUUAUGGUUCUGAUUCAUUUCAGUUCCAGUUAAAGAAUGAAGAGGAGGAUUGGCUUCAAGAAGCCAUGGCAAGUUUGGUGUAUUUAUCUCAUUCAUCACCAGAAGAUAUGUGACUGAAUUAAUUAGCAUCAACAACAAUUCUACAUAUGAUUACUACAUAGCUCUUGUGAUUAAUUAUGGGAUUAAUUGAUUUCUCACAAGGUUUAAUUAAUUAAGCUAGCUAGUGUGAAAGGUGAAUAGGAAGAGAGAAAUUUUACUAGCUAGCAGCUAGUAAUUAUAAAUUAAGUGUAUUAUUAUGUUACUUAAUUUUUCUUUGAUAAUUAAUUAAGUACGUAGAUAUGUAAACUCUAAUUGCAUGGCAGUGUAAUAACCAUGUGUUAAAGAUUUAUUUUUUUAA